AUGCAGGGUUUCUCAUUCACCUUUAGUGCUGCCACUCUCUUUUUGGUCCUCUGCCUGCAGCUGGGGAUCAACAAAGGCCAGGAUGAUGGAAGUCCCCGACGUCCACUUCUAUUUGACCUAAAAGUUCCAUCAACAGCAGCGGCAAAUGAGGAGAUCACUGUGGCACUUAAACUUCAAACACAAUAUAGAGAAUGUUUGGUGAUCAAAACUUACCUUGUAAGUAAUCUACCAAUUGGAGGUUCCUUUGCCUAUGUACAAACCGGCUGCCUCUGUAAUGAUCAUCCUACCACCUUUUACUGGGAUUUUGAUGUCCCAGAAACUAUAGACUUUGCAGUAGUGGUCGACAUUGUUAAGGAGAAAGGUAUCUGCCCUAAUGAUGUGGCAGUGGUGCCCAUCACAGGAGACCGGUACGUCACUUAUCAUACUGUGUACGUGAAUUAA